UGGGACUGGCCCCUGUCCAGACGCCUACACUGAGCCUCUCAUGUGGGGAGAUGAGCGUCUUUCUCCUGGGACCGAAGGAGUGAACAAGACGGAGAAGGAAGAGGCGGGGCUGCGACUGUGCCCAGCGUGCUGCCGGGCUGCCGGGUCCCUGCUCUGGGUACUUCUCUGCUUUCGGGCGUCUCGUCUAGAAGCUGCAGCUUGGCCUGUCUUACCUCUACACAGAGGGGCUGCUGGGGCCUGACGGAAAAAGGUCCACACACCCGAUGGCCGGCCCGGGGUGGACGCUGCUGCUACUGCUGCUGCUGCUGCUGCUGCUGGGGUCCAUGGCAGGGUAUGGGCCGCAGAAGAAGUUGAACCUGUCCCAUAAGGGCAUCGGGGAGCCAUGCGGGAGACACGAGGAGUGCCAGAGCAACUGCUGUACCAUCAACAGCCUGGCCCCACACACGCUCUGCACGCCUAAGACCAUCUUCCUGCAGUGCCUGCCCUGGAGGAAGCCCAAUGGGUACAGAUGCUCGCACGACUCAGAGUGCCAGAGCAGCUGCUGCGUCCGCAACAACAGCCCGCAGGAGUUGUGCACGCCCCAAAGCGUCUUCCUGCAGUGUGUGCCCUGGCGCAAGCCCAACGGCGACUUCUGCAGCAGCCAUCAGGAGUGUCACAGCCAGUGCUGCCUCCAGCUGAGGGAGUACAGCCCCUUCCGCUGCAUUCCCCGGACCGGGAUCCUGGCCCAGUGCCUGCCCCUGUGAUGUGAGCUCGAACCUGGGCGCGAGGGACCGGCCUGGGCCCUGGGAUGUUCACGCAGGACCGCGUUGCGCGGGGGCUGGUUCCAGCGGAAGCUUCCCUUACGGUUUGUGCUGCUGUUUCUGGGGCUCGGAAAAUCUGUGGGAACUGAAAGGCUGUGACCAGCCUGGUGGCGCGAAGUGUCUGUGAGAACAAAUCCCAGGCACUGGGGUGUAGCCUGAUCGUUAAACAUCAGUAAAGGCUCCCGGCCGACUGAGCGGCCGUGUCUCACCCCUUCUGUGUUUUGAAUAAUAAACGCAUAAAAUCUGAAGGAAACCUGGAGGUCACAGAGAGGUGGCGUCUGCUGGGUCCGUGCCGGAGCGGCCUUCUGGGAAGCCUGGGGAGGCACAGGCCAUGCUGUGGGAGGCGAGGCCAAGGCCAGAGUAUCGGGUUUGCUGUCACCUCCCCCCACUGCAGGGGCGUCAAAUAAAGGGGUGCAAGCCCGUGUGGUCACCGCAGGUAAAAAUCGCUCCCUCCCUGUCCCUGGCACGGGCAGUCCUCAGCACAUAGGCACCCGCGUCCGGGACGCAAGCCCAGGCCCCUUCCCCUUCCCCAGGCCCUGGCUGAGCUUCCAUGGUCACCUCCCCUCCCCUCGGGGGAUCCCUGGUUCAGGCCGAGGACUCUUCUGGCCGCUGACUCCCCAGGGCAGCCCUGGGCUCUGCGCGGCUGGGGGCGGGUCUCUCUGCCUCGUUUGGUUUCUGCUUCCAUCUGCCUGACGUUCCCGGAAAUGCCUCCAUCCCCGGCCCACCCCAUCCCUGCCGUUUUCAGCCUGGGCUGCUGUGUAUUUGUUUUUGUCUUGUUCCCGAGUCCUUCCCUGGCACGUGGGUCUUCCUUUCCUAACUAAUUAUAAACAAUUUCCAUCUCUGUGACUGCCGGACCAUCUGAGGCUCCCCCAGGAGAGACCUGCAGGGGCAGGAACACCUGGCCGCGGUCAACUCUGCACAGCCUGAAGUUACAUAGUUUUGGCGACUUCCUUAGGAAAAGGCAUAUGACAUUAUGAACACAGCGUUAGGCCUAAAACUGAACAUACUUACGGUGAAAGACCCAGCACACCAUGAGUGUAGGAAGCUUACACAGGCGGCGUCACACACAGAAUCGGAGGCUCACACAGGCGGCGUCACACACAGAAUCGGAGGCUCACACAGGCAGCGUCACACACAGAAUCGCACGGCACGUUUUUUACCCUAAAGUUCCUGACUGCACAGCCUUGGAUCACGUUUACAAAAUGGCAAUUUGGUAACGUUUUCUAUGGGAGAAUGGAAAAUCAACUUAGUCUUCCCACGGAUGGGGCUGAGCGAUGUUUUCUGUGGAUGCGAGUUGCUCAGGUGUGAACCUCCCUGGGCGUGUGUGGGUGACAGACACAGCCGCCAGCACGCGAUUCCCAUAAGAAGUCAAAACAAACCUCCAUCCUGAUUAGAAGCUGCUGAGAACUGAAUUUUCCAUGCACACCUCUACCUGUCUGAAGCCGUCCCACACCCCAGUGUCUAGAUCCGGAAUCUUCAAACAGGAUUGCCCAGUGCCAGCAGGACACGUCGGAGACACCAUCAGCCUCCUGCCUUCAUGUUGAUGUCAGGUAGCUCCCAGCUGCUUGGCGCUCUUCCUCCCGCAGAGAUACCGGAAGCGCACGGGGGCCGUGCCGAGCAGGGACAGGUCUUGACCCAAUACAGUGAAAAGAUCUUAUUUUCCCAAACUUCACAGAAACAUCAACCGUGUGUUUGUCAGAGUCAGUUGGCGGCAGACGCCGCACCAACAUGGGGACGGGGGCGUCUACGGUGAGGGGGUGUGCACUGGUUCCAGGAGGAGCAAAGUGAGCCCAGCAGGCAGCCCCCAGGGUGGAUGCAGAAUGGGUUACCUGCCUGGCGCUCGGGAGACGGUGGGGCCACAGCCACUGAUUUGGAGAAGCUCUCUGGGUUGAGGCCGGGGGCCCACAGCGGGGCCAGCAGCACUGUGCGCUAGAGGGAAGCACCUCUGGGUCUAUGCGGCCAGGGGAGCCACUGAACCGGGAAGCCCCCGCUGCACCCACCCAUGGCAGAGGGGCUGCCGGUGGGCAGUUCCAGAACCAUCUAUCAGUGUGAGGCUGCCGGCCCCAGGAAACCGAUGAUCCCCCCCAUCUGUCCAAACCCCUCGAAUCGUGUUUGUUGUCAUGUUGGGUCAACUUCACUAUGAAUUUGGAAGUCUAAGAAAAUUACAAAACGAAACAACAUCAUGAAAGGGCGUCAGACGCCACCGCUUCUGAGUGCGCCUGUCCGUUCCUUCCACACGGACGCCCUCUCCCGGCCUCUGCCUGGCUGUUCCCUCCGCAUGGGCCCCCUCUCCCGGCCGCUGCCUGGCCAGAGUGUGGCCAGGGUCCGCCCCUGCUCCCCGGGGACACGGCCUUGCUGUGGACUGAUCGUGUCCUCGCAUUCAUGGGUUCAGGCCCUGAGCCCCAGCGUGACGGGACUGGAGUGGGGUUCUGGGAGGUGACUGAGGUUUUGAUGAGGCCGUGAGGGGCCUUAUGAGAAGGGAAUUCACGCCCUUGUAAUAAGAGGCUCCAGGUGACCGCGGUGGUAAACAGUCACGCACUGUGAGAAAAAAGAGACAACAGAGCCGAGCGUGCCAGCUCCCCCUGCCCUGCCAUGCCCACCUGCUGGGGGAGGACGCCCUGGGAAGGCAGCUGCCUGCAACCCAGAGGGGGGCCCUCAUGGAGCUUGUCCUGCUGGCACCCAGAUCUCAAUGUCAUUAUUUUAGCUGCUGGGUCUGUAGUGUCCCGCACGGCAGUCCAAGAAGGCUGAGACAAUCCUUGCAGCGAAAUCCUGAGAAACCGUUGCUUCCACCCUAACAGUGAGAACAAGCCAGAUAUGCCGCAACGUGAUCGUUGUUAUUUUGACCACUCGUCCUCAAGUUGUAACAAAAUGAUAAUUUUUAAAAGACAGAACAGAAGAGGUAAACAUAACCCAUCAAACUUGAAAGCAUCUGGAAGAAGUGUGGCUCCCAGCACUUCGGGAGGCUGAGUGGUUGCUUCAGGGUUCCCAGUAAACAUCUUUAACUCUCACGGUGAACCUUUGAGUGGGGCUGCACCUCCACCACGGCAGAUGCUCCGCAGCGCAUGUCACCCACCCUGUCCCCGCCGGGGCCAUCGCCGCAGGGCAGUUCCCUGGUGACUGCACUCCGCGCCGGUGCCAUUGAUGUUCAAAGCAGACUCUUCAUAGCUGCUCAGGUGUCCACAAACAAUCGACAGAUAAACCCAGCGUGGCCCUCCACACCAGGGAACAGGAUUCCACCAGGAAAAGAAUGAGGCCCGCACGGCUGCAGGGGGUGAGCCUGGAGAAUGGCGAUGGGGGACAGAAGCCAGACACACAGCCCCGACUGUGGAGAGCGUUUGGAACCAGACGGGAGUGAGGGUCACUCAACAUCGCAAAUGGACUAAAUGCUACCGAAUUGUACGCUUUAAAACGGUUCAUUUUAUGUGAUGUGAAUUUCAGCUCAAUAAAGAAAAAAGAUUUAAAAUGUG